AUGAGAGUUCUUUGCAAGUUCUAUGCACACGGAGCAUGUUUAAAAGGGGACUAUUGUGAGUUUUCACAUGACCGCAAUGACCCACCAAAUAAUAUCUGCACAUUCUAUCUCAAAGGAUGUUGCUCUUAUGGCAGCAGGUGCAGAUAUGACCAUGCGAAAGCUUCUUGGUCAGAGUCUUCUGCUACAUCUUCGUCAGUGUAUUCUCGACAGAAUUGGGUUUCGGAUUCUCUCUCUGUAGCUCAUCCUUCUAGAGCUGCAUCAAGUGGUCUAACUCCAGUCCCAGGUAUUAAUAUGGAGCUUUCAGCUUCAAGCAGACCUUUCUUUCCUCCUACUAAACCAGCAUGGGAGCAGAAGUCUGGGUAUCCUGAUUUGCUUGAAAAUAAUGAUGUUGGGGAUCCCAGAAGUGCUAAUCCUGCUGACCGUUCAAUCUGCUCGUUUGCUGCUGCCGGUAGCUGCCCACGCGGAGAAAAAUGCCCUCAUAUGCAUGGGGAUUUAUGUCCUUCCUGCGGAAAACAUUGUUUGCAUCCAUUUAGGCCCGAGGAAAGGGAAGAACAUCGACAAAGUUGUGAGAAAAGGCAAAAAGACCUUGAGGCAUUAAAAUGUAGUCAGGAAAUAGAAUGCAGUGUAUGCCUCGAACGAGUUCUGUCAAAGCCCACAGCUGCUGAGCGGAAGUUUGGACUGUUAUCGGAGUGCAAUCAUCCAUUCUGUAUAUCAUGUAUCAGGAAUUGGCGCGGUACUUCCCCUACCUCCGGGAUGGAUGUCAAUUCUGCAUUAAGGGCCUGCCCAAUAUGCAGGAAGCUUUCAUAUUUUGUCAUUCCUAGUGUCAUUUGGUAUUCCACCAAAGAAGAAAAACAAGAAAUUAUUGACAAUUACAAAGCAAAACUCAGUUCUAUCGAUUGCAAGCAUUUUGACUUCGGGAAUGGGACUUGCCCAUUCGGGACUAGUUGUUUUUACAAGCAUGCUUAUCAUGAUGGCAGUCUCGAGGAAGUGGUUCUACGCCAUCUUGGGGAUGAAGAUGGACAAACUGUGAUUGCCAAAAAUAUUAGGCUGUCGGACUUCCUCAGCAAUUUGCAAAUAAGGUGAACAACACUCCAAUGGCUCCAGAGGAAUAUUUGGUAUGAUGAUGUCUGAGCUUAUGAAGCCAAAUUUCUUCUAAUUGGCCAGAGUUACCCUAUGGUUUUCAGUAAGUGAUGCAGAAGCUUGCUGUGGUAGAUCCAUCCAAACCUUGGAUAUAAGGUGGUGGCAAUGCCUAGUUAUAUGAAUAAAAUUGCAUCUAAAACAAUGAAAGCAUAGAUUGAAUAAAUUGAAAACCAUGAGUUCAACAAUCACUGGUUCCUUGGAAGGUUGGUUGAUCAAUAGGUGACUAUACAGAGGAUAAUCAAAAUAAAAAGAUGUGCAAAGGGAUGGUACAGAUGUUGCCAGAAUGCUGGCUUCAUCGGUAUAUAGAAAAUUGUAUAUCAUGUUGUGUUUUUUUGUGAAUUAUUAUGUUUGGAUGGAAUGCUGUGGAUUUAGUGAUUGGUUUGUACUUAAUGUUUUGGAUUUUCAGAAUAAAAAAAUACAAUUAUGUGACACCUGAGAUUGUUGCGAAUCAUACAAUUAAGA